CUCUCUAAUCCUUUUUGAUAUCUCUGUCCUUCUCUCUACACUGUGGCGGUGAAAGGGCAGCGCGGAAGCACAGUAGGUCACCCUUGUCAUUUUAUAUGACUUUGCUUACUGCGGGAGUAGUAAGCAACUAGAUAGCUUGCCUCAUCACUCCAAUGCCAGUCCGCAGGAAAGAAUUGCCAUAUUCAAGACAGCCCGAAGACAACGCGAAAGACUAAAGUGUUGUGCCGGUUCCUGGUUGGUCGUUUUCUUGACAGAGCAUUGGAACCCACAGGACUAAAAAUAUGAGUAGGAAUUAAGUGAUUAUUCGGUCCAUCGUUUUCAGGUUAUUUUUGCAACCAGCAUAGGGAGGCGCAUCAGAACAGAAACGAAACUGCUGUAAGCCAGGAACUCGUUUAAGACGCAAGAAAACACAAAGAUGCUGUGGCAUUUGAGUACCAGCUUUUUGCAUGUGUGUUGUGUUUCUUUCUUUCUACUUUGGAUAACACUUGGUACGACUGUCGUCGAUGUGGUCGGGUCACAACAAGGGAUUCCUUUAUCUGUCGUGAAGUUAUGGGCCUCAGCCUUUGGAGGUGAAAUCAAAUCCAUCUCAGCCAAGUAUUCAGGUUCCCAGCUGCUGCAGAAGAAAUAUAAAGAAUUUGAAAAGACGGUCCGGGUUGAAGAAAUCGACGGUUUGAAGCUUGUCAAGAGGUUGGCUGAAAACAUGGAAGAGAUGUUCCACAAGAAGGCUGAAGCCAUGAGGCGCCUGGUGGAAGCUGCUGAGGAGGCCCAUUUACAGCAUGAGGAGGACCCUGACCUGCAGUACGAAUACUUCAAUGCUGUGUUGAUAAAUGAAGUAGAUGAAGAAGGCAAUAAUGUGGAACUGGGGAAGGAGUUCAUUUUGGAGCCUAACGACCAUUUUAAUAAUCUGUCUGUCAACCUCAGCCUGAGUGUUGUUCAAGUCCCCACCAACAUGUAUAACAAAGAUUCUGCCAUAGUCAAUGGAGUGUACUGGUCAGAGGCGCUGAAUAAGGUGUUUGUGGACAAUUUUGAGCGAGACCCAUCGCUGAUAUGGCAGUACUUUGGGAGUGCCAAGGGUUUCUUCAGGCAGUACCCAGGUAUAAAGUGGCAUCCAGACGAACACGGAGUCAUCGCGUUCGACUGCAGGAAUCGCAAGUGGUACAUCCAGGCGGCCACCUCCCCGAAGGACGUGGUGAUCCUGGUGGACGUCAGCGGGAGCAUGAAGGGCCUGCGCCUGACCAUUGCGCGGCAGACGGUGUCCUCCAUCCUGGACACACUCGGAGACGACGACUUCUUCAACAUAAUUGCAUACAAUGAAGAGCUGCACUAUGUGGAGCCGUGUCUGAACGGGACGCUCGUCCAAGCUGACGUAACCAACAAAGAUCAUUUCCGAGAACAUCUGGACAAGCUAUUCGCUAAAGGAAUCGGAAUGCUGGAUAUUGCGUUAACAGAGGCUUUUUCACUUCUCAAAGAUUUCAAUCAAACAGGGCGAGGGAGCGUCUGCAGUCAGGCCAUUAUGUUGAUCACAGAUGGUGCCGUGGACACGUACGAUGCUGUUUUCGAGAAGUACAACUGGCCCGACAGAAAGGUCCGCAUCUUCCCCUACUUGAUCGGACGAGAGUCUGCCUUCGCUGACAAUCUGAAAUGGAUGGCUUGUGCUAAUAAAGGGUACUUCACCCAGAUCUCCACUCUGGCUGAUGUGCAGGAGAACGUGAUGGAGUACCUCCAUGUGCUGAGCAGGCCCAAGGUGAUCGACCAGGAGCACGACACUGUGUGGACUGAGGCCUACAUUGACAGCACUCUCCCUCAGGCUCAAAAGCUUGAGGACAGCCAGGGCCCGGUCCUGAUGACCACUGUAGCAAUGCCAGUGUUUAGCACAAAGAACGAGACAAGGAACAGAGGAAUUCUUCUUGGCGUGGUGGGCACAGACGUCCCGGUACAAGAGCUCUUGAAGACGAUUCCAAAGUAUAAGCUAGGUAUUCAUGGGUAUGCCUUUGCAAUCACAAACAACGGAUAUAUACUGACCCAUCCGGACCUGAGGCCUCUGUACGAAGAAGGGAAGAAGAGGAGGAAGCCGAACUACAGCAGCGUGGACCUGUCCGAAGUGGAAUGGGAGGACAAGGAAGAUGUUCUGCGCAAUGCUAUGGUUAACAGGAAGACUGGAACGUUCUCCAUGGAGGUCAAGAAGACUGUGGACAAAGGGAAGCGUGUGCUUGUGAUGCAUAAUGAUUAUUACUACACAGACAUCAAGGGAACUCCUUUUAGUCUUGGGGUUGCGCUGUCCAGAGGGCAUGGCAAGUACUUCUUCAGAGGCAACGUUACAGUGGAAGAAGGACUCCAUGACCUGGAACACCCAGAUGUGGCUUUGGCAGAUGAAUGGACAUAUUGCAACACGGACGAGCACCCGGAACAUCGCUACCUGUCUCAGAUCGAGGCCAUCAAACUCUACCUGAGCGGUCGAGAGCCCCACCUGAAGUGCGACAAGGAGCUGGUCCAGGAGGUGCUGUUUGAUGCCGUGGUGACAGCACCGCUCGAGGCCUAUUGGACCAGUCUGGCUCUAAACAAAUCAGAGAAUUCGGAUAAGGGGGUGGAGAUUGCCUACCUGGGCACUCGGACUGGGCUGUCCAGGAUAAACCUGUUUGUGGUCCCUGAGCAGCUUACCAAUCAAGACUUCCUCACAGCUGAAGACAAGGAAGGAGUGUUUAACGCUGACCACUUCCCCCUGUGGUACAAGAGAGCAGCAGAGCAGGUGCCUGGGACCUUUGUCUACUCCCUCCCAUUCAACACAGGAUCUGAAAACAAAAGCGUGGUUUUGGCUAGCACCGCUAUCCAGCUCCUUGAUGAGAGGAAGUCCCCCAUAGCAGCAGCUGUCGGGAUCCAGAUGAAGCUGGAGUUCUUCCAAAGAAAGUUCUGGACGGCGAGCCGACAGUGUGCGGCGCUGGAUGGGAAGUGCUCCAUAAGCUGUGAUAAUGAGAACAUCAACUGUUACCUCAUAGACAACAACGGCUUCAUUCUGGUGGCUGAGGAUUACUCCCAGACGGGGAUGUUCUUCGGUGAGGUGGAGGGUGCCGUGAUGAACAAGCUGCUUAUCAUGGGCUCCUUCAAAAGGGUCACACUAUAUGACUAUCAAGCCAUCUGUAAAAUCUAUGCUGAAAGUAGUGACAGUGCACGCAGCUUGCUGGAUCCAUAUUUUGCCUUCUUCGCUGCUGUAAAAUGGCUCGUGACUGAACUCGUCAUAUUUCUGGUGGAGUUUAAUCUGUACAGCUGGUGGUAUUCAGACCUCACAGCCAAAGCACAACGGAGUGGGAGGACCAUGCUGGUGCCAUGUGACACAGAGUAUCCGGCUUUUGUCUCGGAGCGCACCAUCAAGGAAACCAUGGGAAACAUCGACUGCGAGGGAUGUGUGAAGUCAUUCGUCAUCCAGCAAAUCCCAAGCAGCAACCUGUUCAUGGUGGUGGUGGACAGUAAGUGUGAUUGUCGGUCUGCCGCGCCCAUCACCAUGGAGCCCAUAGAGAUCAUGUAUAAUGAAUCACUGAAGUGCGAGCGCUUAAAAAUUCAGAAGGACAGGAGACGUCCUGAUUCCUGUCACCCUUUCCACCCAAAGGAAAACGCCAUGGAGUGCGGCGGAGCACUAGGCCUCGCGCCCCAGGUGAUGGCAACCCUGCUGCCCCCGCUCUUCUCUCUGCUCGCCAGGUGACGAGUGCUGGAGCAUCUGGCAACCGGCACGGCAUGCUGAACAAACAUGGGGAAAAUCACGGACUUCAGAUACUGAUGUGGCGUAACAGAAUUUCACUUUGGUUGAAAACAUUGGCAUUUCAUGGACAUUCAUGAAUUUAAACUGUGGCAGGUUGGAGUAAUGCUAUGUUUGUGAAGAGU